AUGAUUAAAUUUCAUUAAAUAUUGAUCACUAAAUUUUCCUCUUAUAGAAGUGUAUUUAUACCAAAAGAGAAAUUAGAAUGUAAAUUCAGUAAAAGCUCUGGACCUGGAGGAUAACAUGUUAAUAAAACUAAUUCAAAAGCUGAAAUAAGAUUCAAUUUAUAAACUGCUGAUUGGCUUAGUGAAGACUAGAAAAAAAAAUUCCUCAGACUAUAUCCUAAUUAUGUCAAUAAAGAAGGAGAAAUUAUAUUAACAAGUUAAUUUACUAGGGAAUAAUCAAAAAAUUUGGAAGAUGCAAUCGAUAAAUUAAGAGAGAUGAUUUUUGAAUGCAGUAAACCUGAUAAAACUGCAUUUACAAUACCUCCUCCUAGUUAAUACAGAAUUGAACAAAGAAUUUAAUGCAAAAGAUAAAGAUCAGAUGUUAAGAAAACAAGAAAUAUUAAAUGA